UUUUGUUUCACUAUGGGGCAUUUCAUCAAGCAAGUGGUGUGCAUUUUGUUCUUGGUGAUUUCAACUCCAUUUGUGCAAAUUGAAGCUAGAAAUAGCAAGUUUAUGAUCAUUCCUACAUCUCCUUCACCUGCUCCUACUCCGAUUUCUAAUGAAAUUAGUUUUCCCCCUUUUUCAUCGUCAAGUCCAACUUCGUCACCAACAUCAGCACCAGCACCAGCACCAACACCGGACUUUAAUGAUUUUGGAUUUCCUCCUUUGUCGUCUUUAAGUCCAACACCAUCAUCAGGAGGGGAUGAUCAAGAUCCUGGCAUGCCAACACCGGCGGGGGCACCAGAGGAAGGUGACAUUGAAGCACCAGCACCACUUUUGAGUGACACUCCUUAUGGACUUUAUGGUCCUCAUUCUCAGAAAGUUCCUUCUACUACUCUCACAAAUUUUGAUCAUGAUGUAGAAACUCAAACUCCUGCCAAGGAAUUCCAAGGUGCCCGUUUCAACACGGACGACUCCUACAACAACAACAAUAACAAUGGAUACUCUGAUAAUUACAACUACGAUAGCCACUCGGACAACAAUAAUGGCUACUCUGAGAACAACAACAAUGGCUAUUCCCAAAAUUACAACAACAACAACAAUGAUUUCUCUGAGACUUACAACAACAAUGCUGUUUUCUCGGAGAAUUACAACAACAACAUCAACCACAACAACAAUGAUUUCUCCGAGAAAUACAACAACAACAACAACAACAACAACAACAAUAAUGAUGUUUUCUCGGAGAAUUACAAUAACAACAACAAUGAUUUCUCCGAGAAAUACAAUAACAACAACAACAAUGAUUUCUCCGAGAAAUAUAACAACAACAACAACAAUGUUUUCUCCGAGAAUUACAACAACAACAACAAUGAUUUCUCCGAGAAAUACAACAACAACAAAGGCUACUCUGAGAAUUACAACAACAACAACGACAAUAGCUACUCCAAGAAUUACAACAACAACAAUGGUUUCUCUGAGAAUUACAACAACAAUGACUUCUCUGAGAAUUACAACACUAACAACAACAAUGUUUUCUCUGAGAAUUACAACAACAACGGUUACUCCAAUAGUUACAACAACAACAACAAUGGAUACUCUGAGAAUAUGUCAGAGAGGCAAGGAUUAAGCGACACAAGAUUCUUGAACAAUGGCAAGUACUCCUAUGACAUCAAGAAUGAGAAUCCCAACAACGAUCAUGCUGGCAGCUACAAUAACAAUGCGAAUAUGGUGGAAACACAAGGAUUGAGUGACACAAGAUUUUCGGACAAUGGCAACUACUUUUAUGGUAAAAAUGGUGAGAAAAUGACCACGGAAGAGUUCAAAAGACAGCAGGACUAUCCAGGCACUGAGGAUCAGUAUGAACUUCCUUGAAGAUAAAACAUUUAUCAAUUGGUUCAGAACAUAAGGACAAAACCAGAGGAUAUUCAAAUAGAUUUUACAGAGCUGAUUGAAUUUUAAGUUAUUAUGAGUGAGUGUUUGUGUAUUAGUUCUACUUGUGUCUGCAAACACUUUUUUUUUUUAUAGUUCUGCAAAUCAGACCAAGGGAACUUUGUGUUGUUUAACACUUUUGAAUUUUUUCA